AUGCAUGAAGUGGAUGCCAUCACCAAACUGACAGCCCAAGUGGAAGCAUUGAUAAAGAUGAUGGCUCAAGUGUAUCAAGUAAUUUCCUUGAGAAGUGGAAAAGAAUAUGAGGGGCCAACGGCUAAGCAACAAGUGGUUAAAGAGAAGCAUGAUCAACAGGCACAGGCUGAAGUGGAUAAGAAGCAAGCUGAAGAGCAGAAAUUGUACAUCAACAAUCCAUUCGUGGAGGCCUUGGAAAAAAUACCAACCUAUUUGAAGUUCAUGAAGGAUAUUUUAGCCAAGAAAAGAAAAAUAGAAGAAUAUAAGAUGGUGGCACUUACUGAGGAGUGUAGUGCGAUCCUGCAAAAGAAACUACUACUCAAGCUUAAAGAUUCUAAUAGUCCCAAUAUUCCAGGCUCGAUAGGGAGUUUGAUGGAAACAAAAGCUCUAUGUGAUAUGGGAGCGAGUAUUAACUUAAUGCCCUUGUCUAGUUUUAAAAGACUAAUAUUAGGAGAAGCCAAGCCUACAGUAGUGGCAUUACAAAUGGCAGACCAUUCUUUGACUCAUCCUCGGGAUAUAAUUGAAGAUAUUUUGGUGAAAAUUGGAGAAAGAUGA